AAAACAGAGAGAAGGGCGGGGGCAGGAGACAUCUCUUCUGCUUAAUGUGAUUUUGAAACCGGCGUUGGACAGCAUUGAUCCCGAAUAGCUGAGUGGCAUUUCUUCUAUAUCUGACUCGGCUUGUUUCAUGGCACUCCAGAAGAAACUACAGGGGCUGGUUGCAGCCACCAUUACCCCAAUGUCUGAGGAUGGAAACAUCAAUCUCUCUCUGAUCAGCCGGUAUGUGGAUUACUUAAUAAAUCAUCAAGGUGUCAAGAAUGUAUUUGUAAAUGGAACAACAGGAGAAGGUCUAUCCCUAAGCAUUCAGGAGAGAAAACAGCUGGCAGAGGAAUGGGUGACUCAAGGCAAAGAUAAGCUGGAUCAUGUAAUAAUUCAUGUUGGAUCACUGAGCUUACCUGAAUCCAAGGAACUGGCCAAGCACGCAGCUCAGAUAGGAGCGGAUGGCAUAUCGGUCAUUUCCCCUUUUUUCUUCAAACAGGUGAAUAAAGAUGAAUUGGUUGCCUUCUUCCGGGAUGUUGCAUCUCAAGCUCCUAAUAUCCCAUUCUAUUAUUAUCACAUUCCUCCAAUCACUGGCAUUAAAUUUUGUGCUGAAGAAUUACUAGCUAGUAUGAAAGAGCAGAUUCCCACCUUUAAGGGGGUGAAGUUCAGUGACAGAGACCUCCUGGAUUUGAGGCAAUGCCUGCAAAAAAGUGAACAAGACAAUUUUGUAUUUAUGUAUGGUGUGGAUGAGCAACUGCUGAGUGCACUGGUGAUAGGAGCAAAUGGGGCAGUUGGAAGUACAUAUAACUAUCUGGGCAAGGUUCAUAACUUAAUACUGGAAGCUUUUGCCUCUGGAGAUUUGAAUACAGCACAAAAAUAUGAGUUCUGCAUUCAGGAGUUCUUAGGCUUUCUCAUUUCACUAGGCUUUGGUGUUCCACAAAUCAAAGCAGUCAUGACAUUAUUUUCCGGGAUCCCGAUGGGCCCACCACGACUUCCACUUUCACCUGUCUCUGACGACUUCAUUGUUAAAGUAAAAACCAAACUGGAAAAGCUGAAUAUGUGUCUCUCUGGUUCAGGUUAAACCUCAUGGUGAUCUUAAAAGAAUAUCCAUAUAAUUUGAUAAACAGGUAACUUGAAAUGUAGUAUUUGAAAUACUUGAGGAUUGCACCAUUUUCAUGAGGUUUCAUGAAUUUAGCCUGGACUACUUCUUAUCCAGAAUGAUCUGGCUUGUUUGUGUGGAAGAUGAUACCUGCUUCUAGUCUGCCAAUGCUGUGAAAUUUUCCAGGGGAAAGAAAGUAACUUUGAAAUAGGAGGAUCUUGUUUCCAACAAAUAAAGAAGUCUUAUCUCCUGAAAUUUUUCUGCAAUCUUAGAGAGCAUGGCACAAUUUAAGCAAGUGAUUUAUUUCUUAUUACUUUCAUAUCUUGAAGCAAUAUGAACAAUAAUGUAGUGUUCAAAGCUCUGCAUUUAUAGAACCCAAACUCUAGAAGUCUUUUACAUUUACUCUUGAAAUUUGCAUACUGUUGAAAACUUGAAAUAGGAACAUGUCCAAUUGGAAUUAUGAAUUGUAAUUAACAAGUGUUUUCUAGCUUUUUUUAAAAAAAAACAAGCACCAUUUUUUUAAAUAAUGAAAGAGUAACCAAAAAAAGGAAUAAAGCUAACUACACACUCCUUGCCUAGAAGGCUGAACAACAAAUAUUAUUUAAAAAAGAAAUAACCUGGGAUUUCAUCUCAAUUUAUCUAGGAUACAUGCAUUCAUCUUUACAAAGAAGUAAAUCAUGAAAUGGAACUUAUUCUCAGCAUGAUGUUUUGAGCCUUAUGUUUUUGUUUACUACCACGCUUUUUAACCAUAGGCAGCCUAUGAAAUAAGUAUUCGCCUCAAAGUAUAUUAUAAUAUUGGGGAGGAAAAGGGGAGGAUUGUUGUACUAGCCUUGGAUGACACUGUUUUGAUGUAAAAAUGAGUAAAGCAGGCAUUUCCUUGAUCAAAUUGAAAUUCUAACUAUUAGAAGUUUUCUAGGGUCAGGAAUGAUAAAGGAGACUACACUUCAUGGAAAGAAAUUUAUUUCCAUCUGAUAAAAUCCUGAGUAUCACCUCUAAGCUACCAAAUCUAUCCCAAUUAAUUAUGGGAGUUGUAGUUCAAAUAAAUGGAUGAAACAGUAGCAGAUACUAUCAUUUUAUGCAGUUCUUAAAAGGUAAUAAGAGAGCCUUGGUAGUACAGGGGUUUAAGGCACCCUGUUAUUAAGCUGGUUAUUAAGACCAGCUGCCUGCAAUUACUGCAGGGUUCGAAUCUCGCCAAGGCUCAAGGUUGACUCAGCCUUCCAUCCUUUCUAAGGUAGGUAAAUUGAGGACCCAGUUGUGGGGGCAAUAAGCUGACUUUGUAUAAAUAUACAAAAGGAUGAAGGCUAUUGCUGAGCACAUUGUAAGCCGCCCUGAGUCUUCGGAGAAGGGCGGCAUAUAAAUCAAAUUAAAAAAAAAAAUAAGAUCUUGAAUUUAAAACAACACUCAAUGAAACUAACUUGUUAUAUUUUUUUUAACCCAUGCUAUUUAUAGCAGAUAUUCCCUUUUGCUGGUCAAAUAGAAAAAAUAGUGUUAAAUACAUCCUGACCAUUGUAUGUUUAGCAUACAGGUAUUCCUUGGAUUAUGACAGCAAUUGGGAUUAAGAUUUCAUACCCCUGAAAAUGUAUCUUAAAAUGUGUUGAACAUCUUGCCUGUUGCAUUAGAAGAUGGGCAAGAUAUUCUUCAUGAGAAAUUGUUCAGCCCUUUGUUUCUAAAUGAAGAUUGCCUUUUAAAAUUCUUUCUAUUAUACUGGUAAUCCAUUAGUUUUUGGUCUUGUAGAAAACAAGGAACUUCAAAAUCCGAUCAUAUUCUUUCUUUAUAUCUUAAUUAUAAUGUGCUUCCAGGUUGGGUUUUAAUGAAUAAUUGCCCACCCAUCAUUUAUACUUGCUGUUUUUUCUUUAACUACCAUUAAUUUUCUUGCUGCCGAAAUUCCAUCAGUGAGAAAAAUAUACAAGGGCUUCAUGAUACCUUUUGAUAGUUACAAGUAGGAGUCCUCUGCUUAGAAAUACUAUUAUUGUCUGAGCCAUACACUUGAGUUGGUCGAGUAGGUGCACUUUCAAACCUAAUAUCAAAUGUAUUUCUGCUUCUGUUAAUAUGGAAAUACAUUAAAUGUUGACAGAACAGAGGAAAACAAAGAAGAAACCACUGAUUGUUUCAUGCAGCUGGUUGUCUGCUGAUAACUGAUUGCUAACUACUGCUAAUUGUUUCCCUAAAUGCUUUGAUUGAAUAAAGAUAGUUUCCCAAGUGAC